GAAGUGGAUGUGACGUCUGCAGAGCCCUCGGCUUCAGGGCAGCAGCGCUUUUUCUGUGUUAUGAAAGGAUGGAGGUGUCGUGUUGAGUAACUGCGAGGUGUGAAUGCGUUUACAUAAGUUGCUCCACGUGUAGUGUCCCCAGGGCCUUCUCUCCAACUGCACCGGACCGCUGAACUCUGUACAGUGCGAAACUGAAACGGACUGCUCGUCGGCAUCAUGGCUAAACAUAAAAAUAUAGCAGAUGAAAAGGACACAACAAAGAAACUGAAGCAGGUUGCGAAGAAGAGCAAAGCUCCCAAAACGCCGAAGACCAAAGAAAACACCACUGGAGCCAAAAAUGUCCCCAAGAACUCAAAGCCCAGAGGCCGAGCAUCAAAAAAGGUCACAAAGCCAGUGAAGGAAGAGCCUGAGGACAUGAGUGAUUCCAGCGAGGACGUAGGUGUGACAUUUCCAGAGUGCAAGAUACCAAACGACAAGAUGAAAGAAGAAGAGGAUGGCGAGAGUGAGGAGAGUGAUGAAGAUGAGUGGGAGGAAGUGGAAGAACUGCCAGGCCCGUUGGGACCCGUGGAUACCGAGCUGGAGCCUGCAGUCCCAUCUCAGCCAGUAGAGAUUGAGAUCGAGACAGCUGAGGCCAUGCACAAGAGACAGAGGAAGGAGAAGCGGCAGGCUGAAUUUGAGACUUACCUGCGCCGGAUGAUGAAGCGCUUUAACAAGGAGCUGCUGGAAGAUACACACAAGGUUCACCUGCUGUGUUUAUUGGCCGGUGGGCUGUUCCGGAACCGCCUCUGCUGUGAGCCUGAUCUGUUGGCCAUUGCACUGUCCUUACUGCCAGUUCACUUCACCAGUGUUGUUACAGAACGUAUCAAUACAGGUUUCCUUGAGGGCCUUUUGAAGUGGUUUAGAGUGACGUUUACGCUAAACCCUGAGCUUCCUGAAGAGAAGGGUGUGGAACUGCGAGAGGUGCUGGAGAGACGUUUGGGGAGUCUGUCAGCACGUGAUCAUCAAGAGAUGACCUAUCUAUUCCUCCUGGUACUACGGUCACUGCAACUAUUCUGUCGAUUGGUGCUCUCAUUACAGCCUGUACCGUUCAAACAACCAGCUAAAAAGGAUAAAACUCAAAGCUCCACCAGUCCUGCUGCCAAAAAUAUUUCUGAUGAACCUGAUGAAAAGCCAGAAAAACCCAAAGUCUCUCCUGGCUUCAAACGAUCAUCUGCCAACACUGCGACUAAGAGGCAGAGGGGAGGAAAGAAGCAGAAAAAGAAUGAGAGUGGAAAGGAAGAUGAAGAAAAAGAAGCAGCUGUGGGGCAACGGCCAAAAAACACCAAAAGGAGGAGUAUUGCAUCAAAAGUGUCAUAUAAAGAAGAGAGCAGUGAGGAGGAGGAGGAAGCUAGUGAGGGGGAGGAGUUUCAGCUGACCAGUGAGGAAGAGAGUGAUGACUCAAAAGAUGGAGCUAAGAGGUCGAAAAGGUGUUCAAAGACUAAAAGAAAGGACAAAGGCAAGGUGCAGCGACGGUCAAGUGGGGUUAAAAAGGGUGCAAAGAAAGAAGAGGAGGAUGUUGACUAUGAAGAAGAAGAACAAGAAGAAACAAAGAGUCAAGGGAGGCGCAGGCAUGGAAAAGGAGAUGACGAGUGGAUAGAGGUGUACCUUGAUGGGGCAAAGAGGUGGGUGUGUGUUGAUGUUAAUCAAGGAGUGGGCAAACCGCAGCUCUGCACCAAUCAGGCCACUCAGCCCAUUACAUACGUCGUGGGAGUAGACAGUGAUGGCUACCUAAAAGACCUGAGCGCUAGGUAUGACCCCACCUGGCUUACAUCAUCACGGCGACGACGCAUUGAUUCAGAGUGGUGGGAGGAGACUUUAGAUUUCUACGAGUGUCCAGACUCUGAAAGAGAGCAGCAGGAGGACAAAGAGCUACAAGAUAAGUUGUUGGAUAAGCCACUGCCAACCUCCGUAUCUGAGUACAAAAACCACCCUCUGUAUGCACUGGAGAGACACCUGCUGAAAUACGAGGCCCUGUACCCCCGCACUGCAGCCAUCCUGGGUUACUGCAGAGGAGAAGCUGUCUACUCACGGGAUUGUGUCCACACGCUGCAUUCCAAGGACACCUGGCUAAAGGAAGCACGCACUGUCCGGCUCGGGGAGGAGCCUUACAAGAUGGUGAAGGGCUUUUCAAACCGAUCACGCAAAGCCAGGAUGAUGUCUGAGCAGAAGGAUUACAAGGACCUGGCCCUGUUUGGCCACUGGCAGACUGAGGAGUACCAGCCUCCUUUAGCCAUCGACGGCAGGGUUCCACGUAAUGAGUUUGGAAACGUGUACAUGUUUAAACCGUGCAUGUUGCCAGUGGGUUGUGUGCACUUACGUCUGCCCAGCCUGCACAGAGUGGCUCGCAAACUCGACCUCGACUGUGCUGCUGCAGUAACAGGCUUUGAUUACCAUGGAGGAUACUCUCACGCUGUCACCGACGGCUACAUUGUGUGCGAGGAACACCAAGAAAUUCUGAAAGCUGCCUGGGAGAACGAGCAAGAGAUACAGCAGAAAAAGGAACAAGAGAAGCGUGAGAAACGAGCUUUGUCGAACUGGACACUGCUAGUGAAAGGCCUUCUGAUCAAAGAGAGGCUUCAGCGUCGUUAUGGGCAACAGGGCUUGGCAAAGGGCACUGGAUUGGGGCAGGGCGGUGAAGUUGGGGCCGGAUUAUCAUCUGGAGAGGAGGAUGAAGGUGGAGCUCACACUGCCCCACCUAUGCUGGCUGCAUCGUGGCCGCAAAACAGACAGGAGGAGCAGGAUGAGGGAGGAGCUAAGAAGUCUCUCAGUAGAAGAGAGAGGCGUGGCCAGGAUAAACAUCUCUUCCCUUUUGAAAAAAGCAAGUGAAUGUUUGCCUCUCUGUGCCACAACAACAUUUCAAAUGCUGCAUAAGCAUUUUCCCCUUAAUAAACAGUUUUGCACUUCUUUACCAGCAGGUAUUCCAUUGCAAAUCUGUGCAACAAGUUCAUCCAUUCAGUUUGGCCUAUCUAUUCAGUUAUCCUGCUUAGUUAAAAGUACAAUAAGCAAAAUCAUUUCUUCAAAAUCAAAUCAUUGAGAUGUAAACAAAGUCGAUCUCAGUUGUCUUUUUUGUAAAAUGGUGCAUCGUAGAGGAACUUGCCAACUAAAAUUUCUUUACAACGGUGUUGAUAGGAACAAGGGGUCAUAAAAUCUACAAAUGCAAUUGGCAUCCAAAAUGACCAGUGAACCUACAGGUGUCUUCUGAGUUUUUAUAUAAUGAUGAUAAUGGGAAAAUAGUAGUAAAUCUGAAAAAGUAGAUUUUCUUUGGGUACUAUUUUGCCUUAUGAUGCCUUGCCUGUACCUCUCUGCCAUGAAUGGAUGUUAAAAAUGUAUGUUUUAGGGCAAAAUGUCUUCUCAGAACUAUCAUAAAAAUUCUAAGCCAGCAUAUUCAUAACUGUUUUGGUAAUGAUUUUCUAUGAUGGAGCUUGUAGAGGCAUUAACGUCUUCAGACACCAGUAAGUUUCUCUAGAACCGCCUUUCACAAAAAAAAACACCAGAAUGAAUUAGUUUACAUCUUAAUUAUUUAAUCAUGCAGAAGUUUUGAAAACUAGUUAGAAUUCUCCUUUAAUUUCAGUGUAUACUGACCUAAUAAUCCCCAACAACCACCAACUUUCUAAUGUUGCCAUUUGAAUUUGGAAUGAUCCAGAAUAAGAACUGAUGAGCCAAACGAACUGGUUUGAAUAGAGAAAUAACAGAUUAGAACAGUGUAAAUGGGCGGAGAACAUUCUAGAACAGUGUGGCUGGAUGGAGAACAUCCAAUCAGUCAUACGGAACACUGGAUCAGUAUGGACUUAAGCAAACUUGGCUGAAUCAGAAAGCAUUUGAGACCUUGGACAUUGAAGAGGAGACUGGCUAAGAAAGAUACAGAAGUGAUUAAGCAGGCCUGGGCCGGCCCUGAACUGUCCCAGUGCUGGCAGACAGCAGGGGUCAGGAGGUUCAGGCUUAGCAUGCAGUGUAGAUGGCUAGUCAUAUUGUAAUAAUAGAAUUUAGUGCUUGGUUGUUGCCAGUCCCAUGGAAGCACAAGAGUAAGACUGACCUGAAUUGAUCUGUAUCACUCAUUUCUAUAGAGAAGAAACCCAUUAUCCAAGCUCAGUUGCUGCCACCAGCUGGUAUCAACAUGUUCUUCUAAGUUCAGCCAGUAUGGUUUCAUUGUGAAAUUGUAAUGGGGUGUCUGAUUGAUUACGCACUUGUCAUGUGUUUGAAACACUCUCCCCUUUAUCCAGAUUCCAGUGUAGUUGUGCCGUCUGUCUGAGCAAUAUAGUCAUCUGGGAAUGGAGGGAAUUUUGUGCCUGUACUGUAUACAUGAUUACGUGACUACUCUGUAUGCAUGAUUAUUUUUCACACACUUAGUUUGUAUGGCCAGUACACGUCCAGAAAAGAUUCUGUACAGUUUUUUUAUUGAGUUAAACACACAUCAUUAGAUCUUAAAAUUUCUUAGGUUUGUUCAUUCAGGAUUUGUGUUCUUUAAAACAUGAAAGGCAAAGUUUUGAUCAGACUGAUUAUAAUUAUUUUCCAAAUAGUUUUCUAUCAAAGUAUAUUUUUGUAGAACAUGUAAGGCAAAUGCUAAUAAACAAGCUGUUAUGUAACUGA